UAAAUCCAACCCAACCAUGGCAAUUUCCAACCUGCCACUGCAUCAGAGAGAGAGAGAGAGUUGAAAGGGUUAGCCGGAGUCAAACAGAAUCAAAACGCUGUCGCAUCAGUGUUACACUGACUCUCCUUUGCGCUCCUUCUGCAACUUCAAACUCAAUCUUGCAAUGCCCAACAUACAAGAAGAACCCACCACCAUUAACUCUGAUUCAACAAAACCCCAUUUUUAGAAAUUGAAAAAGACUCUGUCUUUGUUAUUUUCUUCUUCAUCUCUCUUGUGGCAGAGCCUAACUGCUACUUUGGCUGUGUCAUAUUCUAUUCAACUUGUCAUUUUCUUUUUCUUAUUUUUCUUUCCGCCCCCUUUCUUUUUUUUUUUCUUUUAAUAUUUUUCAAUUUAAAAAUCGUUCUUUUGUUGGUGGGUUUCGUCAACCGAAGAAUCUGAAGCGUUGCGAGAGAGAGAGAGUUAUAGAAAAAUAUAGAACAGGUAGAUAGAGAAAUAGGGAGAGUGUCACACUCACACCAAAGUUUGAAGAUUCAACAGCCUUAUUUUGCGACUGAGAAUGCAUACAUGUCUGGAUCUUUUGGUCAGCGGUGAAUGAUAAUGAUAAUAAGACAUGGUGGAUCAGCGAAACAUAGUAUCGUUUAUUCCCUUGUUCUUGUUGUUGUGGUUGAAGCUGUUUCAUUUUGAGCUCACAUUGGAGCAGCAGGUUCAGCAACUGAGUUCACCAGCUGAAAGAGCAGCACUGCUUCAACUUCGGUCCUCGCUCGGAUUGAGGUCCAAGGAAUGGCCAAGAAAGGCUGAUCCUUGCUCAAACUGGAUUGGUGUAAGGUGCCAGAAUGGUAGAGUUGUUGGGAUCAACAUCUCUGGCUUUAGGAGAACCAGAAUUGGUCGGCGAAAUCCACAGUUUUCUGUAGAAGCCUUGGCCAAUUUGACCCUCUUGCAGUCCUUCAAUGCCUCCAAUUUCCGGCUUCCCGGUCCUAUCCCUGAUUGGUUUGGCCAGAAGCUCCAUUCACUUCGUGUGCUUGAUCUUCGGUCUUGCUUCAUAACCGGUGUUAUUCCGCCUGGUGUUGGGAAUUUAACCAACCUGACUAGCCUCUAUCUGUCUGAUAACAAUCUAACUGGUGUGCUUCCUAAUAGUCUUGGUCAACUCUCAGUACUUUCAGUUCUUGAUCUCUCCAAGAAUUUUAUUAAUGGAUCCUUGCCAACAUGGUUUUCAUCUCUUGGGAAUCUUUCUUCCCUUGACAUCUCGGCUAAUCAUCUAUCCGGGUCAAUUCCCCCUGGCAUUGGGACACUAUCUAAGUUGCAAUUCUUAGUGCUGAGACAGAACAAUUUCACUGGUGCUUUACCUGUAGAGCUUUGGUCUCUGCCACAACUGAGCUUCCUCGAUGUCUCCAGCAAUAACUUCACUAGCCGGCUUCCAAAUUCUAGUUCCAUUGCUAAUGCUACUGUUGGGCAGCUCAAUAUUUCCCAUAACAUGUUUUAUGGAGGCCUUACUACUAUGCUUAGAAGGUUUAGUUCUGUUGAUCUGUCAGGCAAUUAUUUUGAAGGCAAUGUUCUGGACUUCAUGGUUAAUGCAUCUAUAGGUAGGAAUUGCCUCCGAAAUGUGACAGGGCAGAGGACAUUAGCAGAAUGUGCAUCAUUUUAUGCUGCAAGGGGCCUCGCUUUUGAUAAUUUUGGACGUCCGAAUUCAACGGGAGAUUCUGCAGGAAAGGCUUCCGGAAUGAGCAAUAAAACUAAAAUUUUAAUUGGAGCAAUCUCAGGUGGGGUUGGUUUAUUUGUGCUGCUGCUGUUACUCAUUCUGCUUCUGCUAUGCAUUCGUAAGAGGGGUAAUUCAAGUCAAAGGGGGAACGGCGUGGGUCCUGCCCCAGCUGGAGGCAGUCCUCCACAUCCCGGUGCUGGUUCAUCAAUAAAGUUCUCGAGUGUAGGAGAUUCAUUUUCAUAUCAUGAACUACUUCAGGCUACAAGUGAUUUCAGUGAUGCAAGUCUUAUUAAACAUGGUCACAGUGGGGACCUCUUUAAUGGUGU